GUUGCGUCGUUCAAGCAGUUUCGACGCGAGAGCUCCUCAGUGCGCUUCUAGUGUAUGGUUGUGGUGCGCGUUAUAAUUGAUAUUUUGAAAAUUGCCUACUAACACUAAUAAUACAUAUCGUCAUACAAUGGUCCUGUGUCCACCGUUCAGAUUGAGCUCACGAGCAAGAUACAAGUUAACCGUACCCGUUAAGGACGAUGGGAUCGGUCGCCGUGAAACUAUCUACAUGCUACCUGACUAUCCUGCUGUACCGGCUGAUAAAGAAAAUGAAAGUGAAGAAGAAGAAAACCUUAGUAAUGAAAGCACAAGUAAUGGAAUGCGCGCUAGUAGAGAAUCUGGUAAUAGAAUGCGCCUUAGUAGAGAAUCUGAUACUAAUUCCGUAGACGAUCCUAAGACUUCUAUGAGUAGUGUUGGUCGCAAAACUAUUUCGGAGAUAGUACGUGUGAACCCAGUGGAGCGACGUGGUCAACGUAAGAACGGUGUGAUCGCCUCCCACUUGCCAGUUGACGGCACACGACUUAAUGACGCACAGUUACAGUAUGAUAAGUUUAAAAAAGAUGAAAAAUCCGCGGAACAAAUAAAAAAAGCAGUUAUGGCCAACGAUUUCUUAAGAAACUUAAUGGAUGAGGGCCGACUUGCAGCAGUCGUGGAAGCGAUGAAUCCUCAAGAGUUCCCUGCAGGAAGUCUCAUUAUCAGAGAGGGGGAAAGUGGAAGCCAUCUGUUUGUUUCAGCAAGCGGACAAUUUGAGGCACUCAAAGGAGGACAAGUUGUAAAAACAUUCGGCCCAGGAGAGGCGUUUGGUGAACUCGCAAUUCUUUACAAAGCUAAACGAUUUGCAUCAAUUCGAUGUUUAACCGAAGCAAAAGUGUGGAUGUUAGAGCGACGUGUUUUCCAAAAGAUCAUGGUACGCAGUGGCCGACAAGAGCAAGAAGACAAUUUACGUUUCCUAUCAUCAGUGCCGCUACUUCAGGGCAUUCAUCCAAUCGAGCUUGGGAAAAUAUCCGAAUUCCUUAGAAGGGAGUUCUUUGCAGCUGGUACACCAGUAGUGCGGCAAGGUGAGCGAGGUGAUAAAUUUUACAUAAUUCGCGGCGGCACGGUGGCAGUGACAAAGCGAGAAGGUGACAGUGGUGACCAGUUAGUGGGGACUCUUGGCCGCGGGCAGUUCUUCGGCGAGCAGGCGCUGUUACGCAACGCUGUGAGGUUGGCCACAGUGACCGCACAACCACCGGGAGUGGAAUGUCUUACGCUGGACCGAGUACCUUUUACGAAAUAUAUGAACGAUAUAGAAGACUUGAGGCGCAUUUCAUAUGCAACUCCGCGACCAUCCCCAUAUAAGCCGCCAGUGUGCAAAAGUGAAUAUGACUACGUGGAAUUGAAAGACUUGGAAAUUGUGGGUACGUUGGGUGUGGGAGGUUUCGGACGCGUCGAGCUUGUGCAGUACAAACCAAAUCAGAAGCUCACAUUCGCACUAAAAUGUCUCAAGAAGGUCGACAUGGUGCAGCAGCAGCAACAGGAACAUGCUUACAAUGAGAAGAAUAUCAUGAUGUCCUGCAAUAACACCUUCAUUUGCAGAUUGUAUCGUACUUUUAAGGACUCAAAAUAUAUAUAUUUCCUUAUGGAGCCAGUGCUAGGCGGAGACGUGUGGACUAUUCUUCAGAAACAACGUUACUUCCCUGAGAACGUGGCUCGUUUUAUGAUGGCGUGUGUAGUCGAAGCCUUCCAAUAUCUUCACUCUAAAGAUAUCAUCUACAGGGAUCUCAAACCGGAAAAUUUGAUGCUCGACAAACAAGGAUACAUUAAACUGGUUGACUUCGGCUUUGCUAAACGAAUAUCUCCGAACAGCAAAACGUGGACAUUUGCUGGUACACCAGAAUACGUAGCUCCCGAAAUUGUGUUAAAUAAGGGUCAUGACCGGGCUGUGGAUUGUUGGGCGUUAGGGGUGCUGGUUCACGAGCUGCUAGUCGGCAGACCUCCAUUCCGAGCCCCAGGAGGUGAUCACAUGAAGACUUACACGCUGAUCCUACGCGGCAUCGAACCAGUAACAUUCCACCAACGAGUCCCGAAGUCAGCACAGCAUCUCAUUCGCAAACUGUGCCGCGCUGUGCCUGCUGAACGACUCGGGUAUCUCAAAAACGGAAUAGCUGACAUUAAAACUCACAAGUGGUUCUUGGGCUUCGAUUGGGACGGACUCGUGGAACGUCGACUCAAAGCUCCUCUGGUGCCACACGUAUCCAAUGAUUUGGACCGCAGAAACUUCGAGGAGUACCCUAAGGACAAGAUGCCACCAGACGAAACAUCAGGAUGGGAUUUGGAUUUCUGAACAAAUAAUGCAUCAUGCAUGUAACCGCAGUGCCUUAAUUGUACCUAGGUGCAAUAUUUUUAUAGAUUUUAAUCAUGACAGUAUAUGUUACAAUAAUCAUAUAUUUAAAAAUUAUACUUAGCUUCAGUAUUGGACUCGACUUCAGUAUUGGAGUCGACGUCCUCGCGGCACCAGGUGAUGGGCAAGGUCGGCAAGGUCAUCCAACAGUUACCUAUUAGAAAAUAUUUAAAAAAUUCUAAGUCGUACUUAUACUUUUUAAAUUACAGUGACAGAUGUGUUAUUCACGCAAAAGUACACCCUUUGCCAGUCUUUUGACUGUUGUUGCUACAAAUCUUAUUUUUUUUUUGUCUGUAUUUUUGCUUACGUUAUCUUGAAUAGUGUAUUAUUGAAGCACUUAAUAUGAAAUGAUAAAUGUUGGGUUGUAACGUGUAAAUACUUUAGUUAAGAAAAAGGAUGUAAUAUUUUGACGAAUACUCGGAAUAUUUCAACUUACUUUAAUUGAUGCUCAACACCAUAUUGCAUGGGAAUGUGUAGUAAAAUCAUCGCGGAUGCGGCAUCGGCGCGGCGACUCGUGGCGAUGCAUCGGCAGCGUCAUGUACACAACAUACGCAACAUUUUAGAAUUCUUAUUCAAGGCGUCAAUUUUAUUGAAAUUUCACACUACAAUUUUUUUUCAGUAGGUACAGUCACUUAAAGUAUGUAAGGUAAAAAUUUGAAGUAGAAAAGCAUGGAUUAGGUACGUACUGACCUAAAUUGAUAAACAAAUUAUAUAGAUAUCUGAGACAAUGUUGAUAUAAUAAAUACUUACAAAGAAUUAUUUAUUGGAAAAUUUAGUAUUUAAUGUCCACUAGUAAAAUUAAAGGACGUCAGUAAAA